CCGCCUCGGAUGAUUCCCGAUGAGACCCAGGCGAUCAUUCUCAAUCGGUUGUCAAGUGUUACAGCUCUCCCGAGGAGCAGCCGCUUUCUUGAACCCUGAUGUCGGAGAUAAUCUCAGCUCAAUCCUUCGCGCUCCCCAUCAUCGCUGAAAUGUUAACCCUGUAUCUCUCCACAGGUCGCCAUGCAUUUCGAGUAUGGAAGCCUUUUCAACAAAUGAUUAUGGAAACUGCAAGAAUUAUCCCUAGUCCUAGCUUUUCAGCAUAUUACAAAGGGGGAUUUGAAGCAAAAAUGAGUAAGCGUGAGGCCAGCCUUGUAUUAGGUAUCAGUCCAUCAGCCAGCCGAACAAAAAUUGGAGAAGCCCACAAGAGAAUUAUGCUACUGAAUCAUCCUGACAAAGGAGGAUCACCAUUCCUUGCUGCAAAGAUCAAUGAAGCAAAAGACCUAUUGGAUUCUUCCAGCAAAAAAUGAUUCCUCAUGUUUGUGUUAUUUAUUAUACAUAAUUUAGUAGUAAAAUACUAUGCACUUACUGAAUAAGUGCUGUUAAAAUUAAGAUUGACAUACACUGUCAUAUAACAUUAUUGAAAUGUACAGUUAAAAUGUGUUUGUGAUAAAAUCGGGCUUGGAACCAA